GCCCGAUUCACACUAGUACGACACGACACGUCACGUCACGGCACGACACGACACGACAAAAUAUUAUAAACAUUGUCUGUAAUGUUGUAAUUCACAUAUAUAAGGACCGACUACGACAGACACGGACCGUACCGACAAGACAUCCUCGCCAAGAAUGUUUUGUCGUGUCGUGUCGCUGCCUGUCAACGUCUGUCGGUACAAUGUGAAUUCAAAAACAAUUUCUGUCCGACAAUAUCCGUCAAUUGAUGUCAAUUUGUUUUCGGAUGCCACAGGACUCGCAACAUACUUACUUUCAAAAUUUUUUACUAAAAUUUAAAAAAAAAAUGGAUUUAGAGAUGCUUAUUGAGUUGGUUAGAGAAAGAAAAUGUUUGUAUGAUAUGAGUGAAAAAAAUUAUAGUGACCACCUGCUAAAAGAAAAUUUAUGGAGAGAAAUUGCAAGCACAUUAAAGCAACCCGUUGAAAACUGUAAAAAAUCAUGGACAAACCUAAGGGACGCAUUUAGACGGGCUGCUAAAAAAUCAGUUACCAAGUCUGGACAAAAAUCCAAAAAUAUUAAAAAAUGGAAAUUUGAAGACGAGAUGAGUUUUUUAAGACCUCAUAUGAAGGAAAGAGACUCAAUAAGUAACAUUGAAUCCAUGGUAAGUGAUGAUGAUGAUUCUGAUGAUAAUGAAGAUCAAUGUGAAGAAUCGGACAAUUUGAAUUCUUCGUCCGAAGAUACUCAUGAAGUACAAUCAAUACAGAGUCCAAAUUCAUUAACUUCAACACCACAACCGUUUCGUAAGCCAGUAUCAAAAAACAGCUCCAUAUCCAAAAAAAAAAUUAAAUUAUCAGAUAACUAUCCUGAAUCCGCAUCUAAAAAAUUAAUGCAAUAUAUUAUACAACAAAAAGAAAAUGAAACGAAAUCUAAAGAAGAUGAAAAAAAUUUAGAUGUAAAUGAUAAAUUUUUUUCAAGUAUGUGUUCCAUGGUCAAACAAUUUUCACCAUACCACCAACAUGUAGCGAGAUCCAAAAUUUUUUCAAUUAUCUCAGAACUAGAAUUACAGCACAUAACCCAACAAUCAUGUAAUCGACCACAAAAUACACCAAAUCCACAGUCUGUAUCUCAUACACCAAUACAUGACCAACAAGACACUUAUCAGUACCCGAUCCCAAGUACCAAUGAAUACCAUUUUGCAUCAUCUACACCACAUCUCCCACACGGUCGACAAUAUAAUUACGAGUCUGAAACAUCAUCUGACAACAGUUAUUUUAAUAUGGUAUAUACACAAGGUAAACAAUAAUAUUCCUCUCUCAUAAUAUUGUGCCAAUCAGAAGAUUUUAAUUUAAUUAUCUACAUUUUUUUUAUUAACAU